AUGGUCCGACUCAAAAACCGGUAUUUACUGGUCAAUAUCCUGUACCCUGAACUAGAGGACCGCAAAGGGAAGACCAAAGUCCCGGAUAUUGUGGAAUUCAAUCAGCCAACGACAGACGCCUUCACAGCCGGAGCUCUGCUGAAGGGGCUGAAAGCAGAAAUCGCGGACGUAUUUGGAGAUUACGGAUCUGGAGCUAUUUCCGAGAGUCUUAAUGUGAAGUAUCUUUCUCCGGCGACCUCGACUUUCAUCCUCCGAGUUUCGCGGGCAUAUUAUAAGCUUGCUUGGGCGGCAUUAUCACUCAUGACUUCUGUCCCUGUCAAGGACGGCAAGAACUGUGUGUUUAGAGUAGUGCGAGUUAGCGGGACAAUUAGGAAGGCAGAGGAGGAAGCUAUUCGGAGAGCCAGGGAGCUGAUCUUGAAAGCCAGA